CUGCGAAACACAGAUGCCUGUGUGUCUCGAGCGCUUAUUCCGCUGGAUGUUAUUGAUCCAAGCCACCGAGAAGGGCUGUAUCCCCCAUUCGUGCAGAAAUACAUCGGGUCACGGAUUUAAAGGAGGACUGAGAUACAAUAUCAGUUUAUGCCGUUUAACAUUCCGCAUAAAACAGGAGCUGUUUGUAAAUACAGCAUAUCCUAAAGCCCUCAUUAUAAAGCAUACAUCUGUGUCUGGAGCGCCUUCUCAUCACAUCAUUUCAUUAUUUAGCAUUCAUCUGCAGAUAUGGACGAAGAUAAUCAAGUCCCUGAAGAUCUGUCCUUAGAGGAGAAAGACGAGCUGUCCAACAUACGACGCAGGAAAAAAGAACUGCUGGAUGAUAUUGAGCGGCUGAAGUUUGAGAUCGCUGAAGUGAUGACAGAAAUCGAGCAGCUCACGUGUGUGGGCGAGAGCAAAACAACACAGAGAAACAAACAAAUUGCAAUGGGAAGAAAGAAAUUCAACAUGGACCCCAAAAAAGGGAUCCAGUUUCUGCUGGAGAACGACCUCCUGCAACAGACCCCUGAAGACAUCGCUCAGUUCCUCUAUAAAGGCGAAGGCUUGAACAAAACUGUUAUCGGGGAUUACUUGGGGGAACGGGAUGAAUUCAACAUCAAAGUGCUCCAGGCUUUCGUAGAGCUCCAUGAAUUUGCCGACCUCAACCUCGUCCAGGCUCUGAGGCAGUUUCUCUGGAGUUUCAGACUUCCUGGUGAGGCCCAGAAGAUUGACAGAAUGAUGGAGGCGUUUGCGUCCCGGUACUGCCAGUGCAACCCGGGAGUCUUUCAGUCCACAGACACAUGUUAUGUCCUGUCCUUUGCCAUCAUUAUGUUAAACACAAGUCUUCACAAUCCUAAUGUCCGGGACAAACCCGCCGUAGAGCGCUUCAUCUCCAUGAACAGAGGCAUUAAUGACGGAGGAGACCUGCCAGAGGAGUUGCUCCGGAACCUGUACGAGAGCAUCAAGAGCGAGCCCUUCAAAAUCCCUGAAGAUGAUGGCAACGACCUCACACACACGUUCUUCAACCCGGACCGAGAGGGCUGGCUGCUCAAGUUAGGUGGGCGAGUAAAAACUUGGAAGAGGAGAUGGUUUAUUCUGACUGACAACUGCUUGUACUAUUUUGAGUACACAACAGACAAGGAACCACGUGGAAUUAUUCCUCUAGAGAACCUCAGCAUCAGAGAGGUGGAGGAACCCAGGAAACCUAACUGCUUCGAGUUGUACAAUCCUAACCAUAAAGGUCAAGUGAUCAAGGCUUGUAAGACAGAGGCAGAUGGGAGGGUGGUGGAGGGAAACCACGUCGUCUACAGAAUAUCAGCACCCACACCAGAGGAGAAGGAAGAAUGGAUCAAAUCCAUUAAAGCAAGCAUCAGCCGGGACCCCUUCUACGACAUGCUGGCCACCAGGAAGAGACGAAUCGCCAACAAGAAGUGAAGUCUGCAUCCAAACCGCUUCCCCAAAGCCUGUUCAUGGCAACACACACUGCCUUCUGGGACAGCCUUUGUGCGAUGUUUAUAGCUCUUUCUUGUGUCUCUAUGCGUAUAAAAACACAGCUGUCCUGAUCUGUUUGUAUUUGCAUGGAUAUUGGUGCAGUAUGUAUAACUGGGCGGCUCACUCGAGAGUCAAGAGGAAGUCGUUUGUGAUCUCUUACUACAGAUGUCAGAGAGAAAAGCCAUUUAUUUCAAGAGAAUAGACCUAUUUCGAUGCCCAACGACCUGACGAUGUGAUCACACAGGGCUCUGAGACAAUAAGCCUUUGUGGCCAUUGUUUCUUAUGGUGCUAGAAGACUUCCUGCGUGCAUGUGACCUCAGCACUAGAAGCUCAAAUCGACAUUAAUGAUCCAGUGCUAACACUAGGUGGCGGUCUGGAGUCAGCUGGACUGAUUUCAUGUUGUUAAAGUAAGAAACAGCAAAUAUGUAACACAUAUACUGCCGUUUAAAAGUUUGGGAUGAGUACGAUUUUUAUGAUUUUUUUUAAAGACGUUUCUUAUGCUGUUCAAGGUUGCAUUUAUUUGAUCAAAAAAAAAAACUGAAA